CCCGGGCUCCUGCAGUGCACCGCCACUCAGAGCGGACAGCAACCCGCGUACGGGUGGUCAGAAGUGAUGCCGGAGUUUUCGCAGAGGAUAAAGCAGAACCGGGCUUGAAGAGGCAGCAAGGGACGCAGACAGAACUACCUCUCUUUUGGCAGCAACCUCGAGGGGAAACCUGAAGCGAGCGUGGAUGCGACAAAAAGCGGCGGCGGACGGUGCAGUAAACUGAGGCUAUCGGGCAAUGGACCAACAGGGAGAUCGCGGCAAGGCUGUGUGCUUUCAAUCCGUCCUCUUCGUACUGGCAUCCAACCUGGCGCUUCGGCACUUCGCCUACGGAACAGAUUUACCAGAUGAUACUCGGUUGCAGCAAUCCACCCCAGCAUGGAACAGUUCCAGUGAUUCAGAUUAUUAUCUAAUCCUUGAUGAGCCAAUGAAUAAUAUCACAACAUCACUUGGGCAAACUGCAGAGCUGUACUGUAAGGUGUCUGGCAAUCCGCCACCUACCAUCCGAUGGCUGAAGAACGAUGCUCCGGUUGUCCAGGAACCACGGAGGAUAUCCUACCGACAGACUAACUACGGCUCCCGCCUACGGAUACGAAACCUCGACACCACAGACACAGGUUACUUCCAGUGUGUGGCAACAAACGGGCAAAAGACUGUGUCAACUACAGGCGUGCUUUUUGUCAAAUUUGGACCCCCACCGACUCCAAAUUCAGGCAAGGCAACACAAGUUACAUUUGAAGAAGAUGGCUUUUGUCAGCCCUACAGGGGAAUCGCCUGUGCAAGGUUCAUUGCAAACAGCAGCAUUUAUGUGGACUCUCUACAGAUGCAAGGAGAAAUUGAAAACCAGAUCACAGCUGCUUUCACAAUGAUUGGAACCUCAAAUCACCUAACUGACCGUUGUUCUCAGUUUGCCAUCCCUUCACUCUGUCAUUUUGCAUUCCCAUACUGUGAUGACACGUCGUCAAUACCCAAACCUCGGGACCUUUGCAGGGAUGAGUGUGAGAUCCUGGAAAAUGAUCUGUGCAAGACUGAAUAUAUCUUUGCCAGAUCAAAUCCUUUGAUCCUAAUGAGACUGAAGCUACCAAACUGUGAAGAUCUCCCCAUGCCCGACAGCCCGGAGGCAGCAAACUGCAUGCGCAUUGGAAUUCCAAUGGCAGAGCCUAUAAAUAAAAAUCACAAAUGUUUUAACAUCAGUGGUAACGACUACCGUGGUACAGUGAGUGUGACCAAAUCAGGGCGGCAGUGCCAGCCAUGGAACUCCCAAUAUCCACAUAGUCAUUCAUAUACAGCUGUUAAAUAUCCUGAACUCAAUGGUGGCCAUUCCUAUUGCCGGAACCCAGGAAAUCACAAGGAUGCUCCAUGGUGCUUUACACUGGAUGAAGCUGUUAAAUUGGAGUUGUGUGAAAUUCCUCUCUGUGAUUCCAAUGAAAGCAACAAGAUGGAAAUUCUGUAUAUCCUGGUCCCCAGUGUGGCAAUUCCUCUGGCAAUUGCUCUUUUGUUCUUCUUUAUCUGUAUUUGUCGUAAUAAUCAAAAGGCAUCGACUCCUGUCAAUCAAAGACAGCCAAAACCCAUGCGAGGCCAAAAUGUUGAAAUGUCCAUGCUCAGUGCAUACAAACCGAAGCAGAGCAAAGCUAAGGAGCUGCCUCUUUCUGCUGUUCGUUUUAUGGAAGAGCUGGGGGAAUGUGCUUUUGGAAAAAUCUACAAAGGUCAUCUUUACCUACCAGGAAUGGAUCAUGCGCAGCUUGUUGCUAUAAAGACACUGAAGGACUUUGGUAAUUCUCAGCUUUGGGCAGAGUUCCAGCAGGAGGCAUCCCUGAUGUCAGAGCUGCAUCAUCCCAAUGUUGUCUGCCUGCUUGGGGUAGUAACACAGGAGCAACCAGUCUGCAUGCUCUUUGAGUAUAUGAACCAUGGUGACCUCCAUGAAUUUCUCAUCAUGAGAUCACCCCAUUCUGAUGUUGGCUGCAGCAGUGAUGAAGAUGGCACUGUCAAAUCCAGCCUGGACCACGCAGAUUUUUUGCACAUCUCCAUACAGAUAGCAGCAGGAAUGGAAUAUCUGUCCAGUCACUUUUUUGUUCAUAAGGACCUUGCUGCACGCAACAUCAUUAUUGGAGAGCAACUAAGAGUGAAGAUAUCAGAUCUUGGCCUUUCAAGAGAAAUAUAUGCAGCCGAUUAUUACAGGGUGCAGAAUAAGUCCCUCCUCCCAAUUCGAUGGAUGCCUCCUGAAGCUAUACUGUUUGGGAAGUUCUCAAGUGACUCAGAUAUUUGGUCUUUCGGUGUGGUGCUAUGGGAAAUUUUUAGCUUUGGGCUGCAACCAUAUUAUGGAUUUUCUAAUCAAGAGGUGAUAGAAAUGAUACGUAAGAGGCAGGUGCUCCCAUGCCCAGAAGAUUGCCCCUCUAGAAUGUAUGAUUUAAUGACAGAAACCUGGCAUGAGAUUCCAGCCAGAAGACCACGAUUCAAGGACAUUCAUGCCAGGCUGAGAUCCUGGGAAGGACUAUCAAGCCAUACCAGUUCUACAACGCCAUCUGGUGGGAAUGCCACAACCCAGACGACAUCUCUGAGUGCAAGCCCAGUUAGUAAUCUCAGUAACACAAGGUAUCCAAUUCAUAUAUAUCAAGCACAGGGCCUACCCCAGGGCCAGAUUGGAAGUCUAAUUGGUCCACAAAUAGCUCAGCAUCAGAGAUUUAUUCAAGUUAACAGUUAUCCGGUGCCUGCAGGAUACGCUGCCUAUCCAGCUACUCAUUACCAGCAAGGGCCGCCACGAAUCAUUCCACAUGGCCCACCUCCAAAGAGCCGAUCACCUAGCAGUGGAAGUGGAUCAACAAGUACUGGUCAUGUGACAAGCUUGCCUUCCUCAGGAUCAAAUCAUGAUGCAAAUACUCCAUUGCUCUCUCAUCAUUUAUCCAUGGCAAGCCAUCCAAGUGGAACUAAUGUGCCAAUCUUUGCACACAUAUCUCAUAAAACAAUGCAAAUGGACCCAGUACAGGCUACGCUACUGGGGGACAGUGAUGGCCAGUUGGCAAAUGAAUCUGUUAUUAGAGCUGAAAUGUAAAAAAGAAUGCAUAGAUAUAUAUAUAUAUAAAUAUAUAUUCUUAGAAUUUGUUUCAACAAUUUUAUAAUUGUGUAUAAUCUGAUUUUAGAAAGAAAAUAGGGAAUGAAACAGAGUUAUAUACAUGAUAUAACAGCUCAUCUAGUCUGUUAGCAACUUAGUAUUCUGGUCCUGACUAAACAGCAAUGGAUGCCUUCUAUGCUAUUUUUUUUUUUGCUUGAUUGCUCCCUUUGUGUCCCAAAAAUGCUGAUAUUUGCUGAGUUGCAUGUUUGAUAUUAUCCUGUACCUCUUCCAAGUGGCCUUUCCUCCAGAGUCAGCCUUCACUCGAUUGAUGGGCUGCUCAUUGUUGGAGGACACCAUUGCUGUACCUCACGCAGACCUAUCUGAUGUUAAGAUACACACUGGUCUUUCAACAAGAGUCACUGAAUUGUGGUCUGCCGUUGAUCAAUGUUUACCUUCCCUUUGCCAAUAGAGAAUGCUGAGACAAGUUGUUGUCACCCAGGUAUUGGCUUGGAUGAGAUUUUGUGCAUCCAGAACACGGAACGAGCCAAGGAGUUUCAUGCCUGUAAAUUUCUGUAUUACACUGGGCAGUGUAUUUUAGUGUAAAGACUAUUUGUAAACUGCAUCAAUUUUUUUUUACCUAAUGACUUUUUUCAUACGUUUGUUAUUUCUAUGAACAGAAUCCCAUAUAACCAUAAACGUGCUUUAGUUAUGUGGUUUAGUGAAAUAAACGUUGCAUAACUAGCAGCAAAUUUGACAGAACAAACCUUUUUUUUUAAUGAAAGUGCAACAAGUAGAACUCUGCAGUUUUUAAAAAAUGAAAAUCAACGCUUUAAAAAUGUCUUUUAUAAGCAUAUCUCUGGAAUGUGUAGUUCUUUGGGAUUUCUCUAGCAAAGUUGGAUUUGAUUAUUAUUGAAUUCAUAUGUUUUGAGGAAAUGCUAAUGGUAACAUAAAAGGCUACAGUUAUAACAUGUUUGAUUCAAGACACAUUAUAAUUUAGAAUUUUUUAAAUUUAUAUAAAUAGUAAGUUUAAAUUUCACUUAUUUUUGUUGCUAUGCAACUAUUUAAUGUAAAUUGGUCCGACAUGCAAGCUUUGAGAUGACAAUCAACUUUUCUUAAUGGGGAGAAUAUUGUGUGUUUGGGAGUCUGAUUUAGUGAAUAAACUGUGGUGUUAGUGAGGACCACCAUUCUUUAAAACAAUACUCAGAUUGAUGCUGAAAGGAGAGAAUGCCAGGAUAUGUUGCAGCUCCUCGUGAACAAUGUUGAGGACAAACAGUCCUUAAUCUCAUGAAUCAAGACAUCUGGUUAAAAUGUAACUCAAAGAACAUCAACUGACUCCUUUACAUAGAACCUGGACACAUUACUUUCCUGAGCAUGUGAGCUGCUAUCUCAUGCAGUCACCAAGGUUGUAUAAAGUUUUUUUUUAAAUGAUGAAACAUAAAUAACACUAGCAUUUAGAUUUCGCAGUGUGAUCAGAAUUUGAUUUGUACUUCUUGCAGACAUUUUCAUUUUCAAAACCACUUCCUGCAAAUAUUUUGUGAUGAGGUGUGCUUUUCUACUUUUGAAUAUCUAUUGUUAUGUAUAUCUUACAAUGAUACGGAUAAUAUGUUUAUAAAGAGAAGGCAAGCAUUCGUGGCUAUUACUUAAUGUGGGUUAUAUUGUAACAGGAUUUAUUUCUCCACAUGUAUUUUUGCACAGAUGUUUUUUAAAUGUUUUGUAUGAAGAAUUUCAAAUACAUCCCUGCAUUGUAUUGAUGGUGUAUUUUACUGCUACAUAAACAUGAGUGAUGUAAUGAAUUUUACAAGAUUCUUUCCCAUUGUAACUCAUAGACUAGUCAAUAUCACACUAAAAAUAGGAACUUUGCUUGAAGGUUUGGGGGAAAAUAAUUAACCAUCUUGUGUGCUACUGAGUCAUAAAUACCAGAAAGACCUUGGGUUCAAUAACCAAUCUUAAGAGGAAAUAGCAAAAAAUACAUUUACUCAGAUUGGAAUUCUCUACCACAAAUGUGGCAGGUCCAUUACUUCCAUAAAAGGGCAUGUUACAUGAAUAGGAAAGUAGGGUGGAUUAAUGUUUUCAUGUGAAGGAAAACUGAGACAGAUGAGCAAAAUGGCCUGGUUCUGCUUUGUAAGAUUUUAUGAUUCUUGGGCUAGGAGGAGGCUGCGCUACUGUCCUGAUCUCAUUCGUCAUCAACACAUUUGCCGGCUCUAGUUGGGUUUUGGCCUUGUCACACAAGCUUCCUAACCAAGAGCCCUCCUGCUUGUCAUCAGAGAGUAUGUGAGCAUGAUCCCAGACAGAAGAUAUUUUUAAAAGGAAUUGUACAAAUAAAAGCUUUAGAAGGAUGAAGGUUGCUCCUCUGAUACUGCAUUCCUGAUCAUUCCAAUCUAGCCACAGGUGAGAAGUUCUGUAGUAAUUAAUGUUAUAUUGUGGAUAGUUCUUCCAUUUGGCAAGUUUCUGGUUUUAGCUUAACAUUCUCGGUUAUCAUCUCAAUCUCGGAAAAUGCAUUCCAAUAUGUUUUGCUGCUCCUUCAAUCUGUCCAUGCACCUCACUGCCUAAUAAUCUUUUACUUUCUUCCACUACAGAUAGCCAUUUAUCAGCCCACUGCUUAUAAUUUUCUUCCUAAUGCACCAGUUCUGUGAGUCCAGAUUUCCUACCUGCCUUACUAUUUCAUCUACAGACCCUCUCCCUCCAGUUCUUUCCUCAUUCCAUAUGCCUGUGCUUUGACCUUUCCACUCUAAUCUCCCAUCCUCUGAUGUCAGUACCUCACCCACAAACUUCUCACCCAAUCAUCUCCACCAUAAUCUCCCCCAGGUCAUUCCCAUCCUUUUCAAUGUAAUCUUUGACUCUUCUCUCUAAUCAUCCUUCCUCAAUCUUUUUUCAGAUAUUCAUACACAACAACUGUGCAGUUUUCUCCGUAUCAUUCUCUCUCUGAUCCUUCCCUCACACAGUGAAGGAUCAAUGAAGGAUGAAAAGCCUGCUCCAUGAAUUUGCCUGGGUGCAAAGCCACCAAUUCCAAUCAUGCUAAUGCAAUAAGUGAGGAAAUAAAGGAGGAAUAUAGACUAAAUAAAUUGGAGAAAAAUGGAAAUACACAGCAUCAAGAAAACCGUGGAAAGACUGAAGUAAUGAACAAGAGUUUCAGAAAGGAAGGAAGAAAGGUAAAGACAGGAGUUACCACAUCCAUGGCAAUCUGGUAGCUAUGAUCACUCAGCCAUGGUAAAACCAACUCAAAUUCCAUUCUGUUAAUUUUAAUGGAACAAAUUUCAUAGAGAUUCUGCAGCAUUGUGUGACACACGCUAUAGCACAGACAGUGGUAAAGAAAGCUGACCCUACUUCAGCAAAAGAAAUAUGGAAACAUGAAGUUUAGUGUCUCCUGGUACAACUGCAAAUGUUAACUAUUUGGAUUUUUUUUGAAAUCAAUAACUUAAAUUUAACUAUGAGUGAAUCAGAACUGUGAACACUGUACAAUAUUGCCAGGAACCGUAAAGGGAAGGCAAA